GCAAUGAGUUUAUCAUGUAUCAUUAUCAAUCCUAAACAUGUUUGGAAAACUCACUGUUCUUCUGCUUGUGGCCUGUGUUGCCCUUUCUGAAGCUGCCAAGUUCAAAAAGUUGAGCACUAAGGACCAUCCAGUUCCCUACUGUACCAAUGAUGAGAUUCUCGGCUGUGUUGGAGAAAUUUCCGGGGCCCUGUUUGACUGCGGACUAACCUUUGAUAUCGUUGGGUGUAUCCAGGAUAUACUUGGAGCUUCCAACUGUGGAAACUGCAUCUGUGAUGUCCUGGCUUAUCUAGGUCUGGAUCUAUGCUACCUAGAAGAACUGAAGGAGAGGAAACGCAAUAUGUAGUUUAAUCUGAACCCUGGAUAAUGAAAAUGAUUUUUGGAAAUAAAUAAAUAUUGCAACUUUUUA